GCCAACUCUACAGCAGUCAGACAGUUCCAGUCAAUCAGUCAAUCAGGCGAAACCCCUCCAUAAAUUCUACAACCCCUAAAAAAGUUACUUGCCCGUUUUCCUUUUUUCCUUUGCCGUACCUAUUACCGUCGCCCUAUUGUACAUGUUAAAGAUUUAAUUUAUUAUAGGUACUUAGGUACCUACAGAUCCCAUAAACCGAAACAUUGACCUGGUCAACGUUCAGAUCUUUGACCAUAUUCAAUUAAUUGAUGAUCAACCUAACUCAAAAGUCCCUCCUAAGUUAGAAGAAGGGAAAAAAUUAACAAAUUGACAUUAUUGCUUCUUCCUCAGCCACAUUUUUAUUUUUAAUUCCUUCUUUGUUCUUCCCCCUUUUUUUAUAUAUCUUUUUACCUAUCUGCCCGCAUUUCCAUCCCUUCUCAAUUAGCUAUCAGUAAUUAAUCCAUUAUCCAUCAUUAUCGUAACCACCGAUAAGGAAACGCCUCUCCCUCCCCCCCCCCCCCCUUUGGAUACCUAAAUACCUGAAUACCUAAAAUACUAUCUCCUCUUUUAACCAACUCGAACCCGUCUCCGACCUUUUUGUUGCGCGACCCUUCACCGACAUCCUCCUAUUCCUCCUCUUUGACUUCUAAUUUAUAGACCAGUCAUUAGGGGAACUGUUGGAAAAUGUCGUGGAAGCUUACAAAGAAAUUAAAGGAUACCCAUCUGGGGCCGCUUGCGAAUACCUUCUCCCGAAAUCCCUCUACGUCUACAAUCACGGAAAAGGAUGAAAAGAGUCCCAUCCCAACAUCCUCCACACCUACUCCCAACGACAAUGCUAUCGCUGCCUCGGAACAAAUGGUACAAGAACCUGUCGUAAAACCUCCGAAGCCCGGUAUUCUCGUCGUAACUCUCCACGAAGGCCAGAAUUUUGCUCUUCCCGAGCAACAUCGCAACGCAUUCUCUCAACAUGGACAGGGCUCCAUGUCAACAGGGAAUGCCCUUACAUCAAGUUCUGUACGACCAGGAUCGUCCCAACGAGCGGUAGCAGGGUCCUACUCGAAUGGCAGGCCCCAAACAUCGGCAGGGGGUUUUGCCGGUAUACCUUCCAACCACGGUCGGAUUUCUAGCAAAUAUCUGCCGUACGCACUGUUGGAUUUUGAUAAGGUCCAGGUUUUUGUCAACUCGGUCUCCGGUAACCCGGAAAACCCCUUGUGGGCUGGCGAUAAUACCCAGUACAAGUUUGAUGUCUCUCGAGUCACGGAGUUGAAUGUACAUAUAUAUAUGCGUAACCCUACCGCACCGCCAGGGUCCGGCCGAAGCCAAGAUAUCUUCCUAGGAGUCGUGCGAAUCAAUCCUAGAUUCGAGGAGAAACGAACCUUCGUCGAGGAUCCCAAGGCCAGCAAGAAGGAUCGCGAGAAGGCCGCGGCCGAAUUCCACGACCGAGAACGUGAGCUAGGGCAUAGUGGUGUUGAUUGGGUUGACGUGCAAUACGGUUCCGGUAGGCUCAAGAUCGGCGUGGAAUAUGUUGAGAACCGGGCGGGCAAGCUUAAGAUUGAUGACUUCGAACUGCUUAAGGUGGUUGGCAAGGGUAGUUUUGGCAAGGUCAUGCAAGUCCGCAAGAAGGAUACCAAUCGAAUCUACGCUCUCAAGACGAUUCGCAAAUCCCACAUUAUCUCGAGAUCCGAAGUCGCCCACACCUUAGCCGAAAGAUCUGUGCUGGCACAGAUUAACAACCCCUUCAUCGUACCUCUUAAGUUCACCUUCCAGUCUCCCGAAAAGCUUUACUUCGUACUAGCUUUCGUCAACGGCGGAGAGCUUUUCCAUCAUCUCCAGAAGGAGCAGAGAUUCGAUAUCAACCGGGCACGAUUCUACACGGCUGAACUGCUCUGCGCCCUCGAGUGCCUACACGGGUUCAACGUUAUCUACCGAGACUUGAAACCCGAGAACAUUCUACUAGAUUACCAAGGUCAUAUCGCUCUUUGCGACUUCGGUCUCUGCAAGCUGGAUAUGAAGGACGAGGACAGGACCAAUACGUUCUGCGGCACGCCCGAAUACCUGGCACCGGAGCUUCUUAUGGGGAAGGGUUAUAAUAAGACAGUAGAUUGGUGGACGCUAGGAGUUCUCCUCUACGAAAUGCUUACGGGUCUCCCGCCAUUUUACGACGAAAAUACUAACGAGAUGUACCGCAAGAUUUUGUCGGAGCCCUUGCACUUCCCCAGCGCAGAUAUCGUGCCUCCUGCGGCCAAGGACCUACUCUCCAAACUCCUCAACCGCAACCCGGAGGAGCGUUUAGGGGCUGCAGGCAGCGCCGAAAUCAAGGCGCAUCCCUUUUUCCACGCCAUCGACUGGCGCAAGCUAUUGCAGCGCAAAUAUGAGCCCACUUUCAAGCCCAGCGUUGCCGACGCUCUCGAUACAAAGAAUUUCGAUCCCGACUUUACUUCGGAAGCUCCGCAAGACUCGUAUGUCGAGGGACCGGUAUUGUCGGAGACAGAUCAACGUUUGUUUGCGGGAUUCAGUUACAACCGACCAAUCGCAGGACUCGGCGAUGCUGGCGGUAGCGUUAAGGACCCGUCGUUCGUUGGCAGUAUUCAAGACAGGCGAUAAGUACGUGAUUAUGCCUUAUCUUGUGGGCCUCUAGGCUACGGCGACGCAACGAAUAUAUGGUCUGAUUCACGAGUGGAAGAUUGACUUACAAGAUGGAAAUUAUUAGAACACACAAGAGGUGUGCGGUUUGUGAGUGGAAACACUGGAUGUGAGAUACACAUGCGGUGAGGGUGUCCUGCGUUGUGUUACUGUUGUUGUUGAGAUAUAUUACCGGAUUAUGGACCAGCCUAGAAGCACUUUUCAUAUGGAGUUUGGCAUGAGUUAGUGACGAUGCCUCCGAGUUUGCACUUUCUGGGAUCUCAAUAGGAGACGACAGCUCUGUAGAUAGUAGAAGAGAUUAAGGCCGAGGAAAAGAUGCCCAUUGCCGAUAUGCCAUUGUAUCAUUCAUUGUUCUGCCCGCUGAAAUACCUCCUAUCUUAGGUACCUGAGGUAUUUCUAUGUUCUCUACCUAGGUAAUAUACUUGAGUAAAAGUGUUCGUACUGCUAAGAAAUAUCGGGUCCUUCUUUUAGGUAUCGGAGCUAUCCGGUACUUAACGACUAAUAGGUAAUGGGUCCGAUAGCACCGACUAUUAUAUCUAUUAUAUAAGGGGUUAACUGGCUGAUAUGUAAUCCGAAAGUGAACAAUAGUGUAAAAACGCCGAGAUUCCCGGGCCCGCCUCACGUGGUUACACUGGAUGGUGAUUUUCUAUAAC